CUUUAAGAUCGAUCGACGGAUCAUCGGUUUUUCGUUCAACUAAAGAAUCAAACAAAAACACUCGCAGAGACCAAAGACGCAGGAGUCGCUGUUUGUGGUGAUUUCUUCAGACAGUGAAAUGGCAGAAGCCAGUAUCUCAUGGGCUGAGGAUCAGUUCAGCUGUCCAGUGUGUCUGGGUCUGCUGAAGGAGCCAGUGACGAUCCCCUGUGGACACAGUUACUGUAAGGGAUGCAUCUCAGGUUCCUGGAACGAGGAGGUUUGGAAGGGAAUCUACAGAUGUCCUCAGUGCAGACAGACCUUCAGUCCAAGACCAGUUUUAGGGAAGAAUGUGGUGAUUGCUGAAAUGGUGGAGAAACUCAGAAAGACGAGACUCCAAGCUGCUGCUCCUGCAGUUCAUCACGCUGGAUCUGGAGAUGUUCAGUGCAACGCCUGCACUGGGGUUAAACAGAAAGCAGCGAAAUCGUGUCUGGAGUGCCGAAGCUCUUACUGUCAAGAUCACCUUGAACAGCAUGAGAAUCUCUUCAGAGGUAAAAGACACAAUCUGAUGGACGCCACUGGACGACUGCAGGAGAUGAUCUGCCCUCAACAUGAUAAAAUGCUGGAUAUUUACUGCCGCACUGACCAGCAGUGUAUCUGUAUGCUGUGUUUGGUGGAUGAACACAAAAACCAUGACACUGUAUCAACUGCAUCAGAAUGGAAAGAAAAACAGAGUCAUUUGGAGGAGAACCAGAGAAAAAUCCAGAAGGUAAUCCAGAAGAAAGAGAACGAUCUUAAGAAGCUGAGAGAGGCUGUGGCGUCUCAUAAGCGCUCUGCACAGACAGCAGUGGAGGACAGCGAGAGGAUCUUCACUGAACUCAUACGCUCUAUUGAGAAACGUCGCUCUGAGGUGAAACAGCUGAUCAGAGAUCAGGAAAGAGCUGCAGUGAGUCGAGCUGAAGAACGACUGGAGCGACUGAAGCAGGAGAUUGAUGAUCUGAAGAGGAAAGAGGCUGCGCUGGAGCAGCUUUCAGAGACAGAGGACCAUAUUCAUUUCCUCAAGAGUUGGCCAUCUGGCUCUCUCUCUGGAUCUACAGAUGGCUUCACUUUCAGUUCUCAGCCCUCUUUUGAUGAUGUAGUGAAAUCAGUCUCUCAGCUCAGAGACAAACUGCAGCAGUUCUGCAUAGAUGACAUAGAAAAUAUGUCAAAGAUAGUGAAAACCGUCCAUGUCAUCCAGACUCCCAAAUCUCAGACCAGAGAGGGGUUCAAAGAAUAUUCUCAUCCAGUGGGCACGCAGGCUCGCCCCAGACUAAAGCCAGAGUUUCGGGGAUCCACAACCGAUUUAACUCGAAUUCACUCGAUUUCGAAACAGCGUGACUGUUGA